UCGGCGCCGAGGCGCGGUGCGGUGCGGGUCGCUCCUCGGGCUCCUGCCGCGGCCGCCGGAGCCGCGCCGCCGCCCUCCUCCUUCCCUCCCCUAUGGAAGAGAUGGAAGAGGAGCUGAAAUGCCCGGUGUGCGGCUCCUUUUACCGGGAGCCCAUCAUCCUGCCCUGCUCGCACAACCUGUGCCAGGCGUGCGCCCGCAACAUCCUGGUGCAGACGCCAGACUCGGAGUCUCCGCAGAGCCGCCGCGCCUCGGGCUCGGCCGUCUCCGACUAUGACUACCUGGACCUGGACAAGAUGAGCCUGUACAGCGAGGCGGACAGCGGCUACGGCUCCUACGGGGGCUUCGCCAGCGCUCCCACCACGCCGUGCCAGAAGUCCCCGAACGGGGUUCGCGUGUUCCCGCCGGCCGCGCCGCCUCCUCCCGCCGCGCUGGCGCCGCCGCCGCCGCCGCGCAACGCGUGCCUGACCUGCCCGCAGUGCCACCGCAGCCUGGUGCUGGACGAGCGCGGGCUGCGGGGCUUCCCCCGCAACCGCCUGCUCGAGGGCGUCAUCGACCGCUACCAGCAGGGCAGGGCGGCGGCCCUGCGGUGCCAGCUCUGCGAGAAGGCGCCCAAGGAGGCGGCCGUGAUGUGCGAGCAGUGCGACGUGUUCUACUGCGACCCGUGCCGCCUGCGGUGCCACCCGCCGCGGGGACCGCUGGCCAAGCACCGCCUGGUGCCGCCGGCCCAGGGCCGCGUCAGCCGCCGGCUCAGCCCCCGCAAGAUCUCCACCUGCACCGACCACGAGCUGGAGAACCACAGCAUGUACUGCGUGCAGUGCAAGAGCCCCGUCUGCUACCAGUGCCUGGAGGAGGGCAAGCACUCCAGCCACGAGGUCAAGGCGCUGGGGGCCAUGUGGAAGCUCCACAAGAGCCAGCUCUCCCAGGCCCUGAAUGGAUUGUCAGACAGAGCCAAGGAGGCAAAGGAAUUCCUGGUCCAGCUCCGCAACAUGGUGCAGCAAAUCCAGGUGGUGCGGGACCAGAUCUCGCACUGCACGGUGAAGCUGCGCCAGACCACGGGGCUGAUGGAAUAUUGCCUGGAGGUCAUCAAGGAGAACGACCCCAGCGGCUUCCUGCAGAAUGGCAUUGAGUUUUACACCUCUUGUGUCUCACCCUUCUACGAGACUGUCUCGUCCCCAGUGCCGGCCCCGCCGAUCCUGCAGCUGGAGGAGUGCUGCACCCACAACAACAGCGCCACCCUGUCCUGGAAGCAGCCCCCUCUGUCCACCGUGCAGGUGGAGGGGUACAUCCUGGAGCUGGACGAUGGCAACGGGGGCCAGUUCAGGGAGGUGUACGUGGGCAAGGAGACCAUGUGCACAGUGGAUGGGCUGCACUUCAACAGCACCUACAGCGCCCGGGUCAAGGCCUUCAACAAGUCAGGAGUGAGCCCCUACAGCAAGACCCUGGUGCUGCAGACCUCCGAGGACACGCAGUCAGAAGAGCAGACCCUCCCUUUUCCAGUGCCUUUGGAAAGAUCGCAGCUUCGUAGGAUGAGUCCUUUCUCCUCCACCCUUAAUCUGCAACCCAGCUUCUCGGGGAGAUCCUACUUUGAGCUAAGAUCUUCGGCCCACCAGCUGAGCUUGCAUUCUUCCUUACAGUCCCUGAAUUCAGCCGGAUGCAAUUUUGACACACAAGGAUCGCCUUACUCCCAAUUAGUUGACAUUAAAAAAAUGGUGGCAGUUGCUUGGUUUUCUUUCGACCCCUCCUCUGCCCACGCUGACAUCAUCUUUUCCAAUGACAACCUGACUGUCACCUGCAACAGCUACGAUGACAGGGUGGUGCUGGGCAAGACGGGCUUUUCCAAAGGGCUGCACUACUGGGAGCUGUCGAUCGACCGCUACGACAACCACCCCGACCCGGCCUUCGGCGUGGCCCGCAUCGACGUCCUCAAGGAUGCCAUGCUGGGCAAGGACGACAAGGCCUGGGCCAUGUACGUGGACAACAACCGCAGCUGGUUCAUGCACAACAACUCCCACACCAACAGAACCGAGGGCGGGAUCACCAAAGGCGCCACGGUGGGAGUGCUGCUGGAUUUGACCAGGAGGACUCUGACCUUCUCCAUCAACGAGGACCAGCAAGGGCCUGUGGCCUUCGAGAACCUGGAGGGCCUCUUCUUCCCCGCCGUCAGCCUCAACAGGAACGUGCAGGUGACGCUGCACACCGGGCUGCCGGUGCCCGAGUUCUACGCUUCGCGCUCGGCCAUGCCCUGAGGACGCUCCCGGAGCCGGCUGCCUCUUCUCGGGAUGAGAGGAGCCAGCCCGUUCCCUCCUGCAGGACACGGCUGGCCUGCCCAGCUGCCGGGUCCCUGCCCAGCUGCCGGGUCCCUGCCCAGCCUCUGGCCGGAGAUGGGGAGGAAGAUGAGGAAGGAAGAUGCCGGCUCUGGGCCCCUCCGCUCCCCGGCCCCGCGCUGUCCUGUGUGUGUGCGCUUCGCUCUUUAGCUCUCCUUGGCUGAUGAAGUACCUAGGUAGCCUGAGCUGUUUCUCCUGUGUCUGCUUUUAGGUUUGGUUUUCCUGGUUUGAGUUGGGGUUUUGGGGGAGGGGGGCAGUUCUGGCUCGCUUUCCCCGCCCGUGGGGCCAGCCCGAGGGCCCCCACCACGGGAACGCUUCCGCCCACGCCAGCCUGGUUACUUUGCAGGAUUCUUUCUUUCCCCUGUGGCCUUUCUUGCAGAGCACCCUCGGUCAUGUGUAGAGGUGGGUCCUGGAUUACCAGUCAGUCUCCAUGUCCUUACCAAAACUCUGUCCCGUGUCCCCCUGGGGCGCCUCUGCGGGGCAGGGGGUGGCCGUCCUGUCCCCAGGCGCUCCGGGUGCUGGCAGGCCCUUGGUCGGGUGCUGAAUGCCCACGGGGGGCUCUCCAGGGGCCCCCCACACCUCGGUGCCAGCACACGCGCCACAGCCAUAGACCGGAGAGCCCUCGCCCGGCUCUCUGGAGAUUAGUGUUUAUUUUUUUAUAGUCGCCAUAUAAACCUAGCCUUAAAUUCAACUGAUAGUGUCCUUCCAAUCACCGGAGAAUUUGUUCUGCAGUGAGGGUCUGACAGAGAGCCCGGGGGUGGGGAUGGGAUGGGAUGGGAUGGGAUGGGAUGGGAUGGGAUGGGAUGGGAUGGGAUGGGGAGGAAGGAGAGCUGGCCACAGCCCUGCCACGCACUCAGGAACGGCAGCAGCUCCCGUGGGCCGCCAUCCCCUGCUGGACUUUCUGGUAAUCCAGAGGCAGGAGAGGACCCCGAGGCGAGAGCGCCUGCGUGCGCUGUCCCCGGCUUCGCUCUGCGCUCCCCGCGGAGCCGGCACGGGCAGCGGGAUCGCUCCCAGGCCGCAGCUCCGGGCGGGAUGCCACGGGAGCGCCGGCCCGGCAGAAAGACAAGUGUAAAUAGCCCAUUCCCUCCCAGCGUGCCCUCCUCCAGGCCAGUCCUGUACAUGCCCUCGUUGCUCUAGCGUUAGGUUUUCCUAAUUUAUUGGAUGGGUGCUAUCUCGUUGACUCCCGCCGAGGAGUUCCCCCCAGCUGCCGGGGAGCCGUGUUGCGGGACAACGCCGGGCAGCUCCUUGGUGGACCCCUGAGGAGCCCCUGUGGCCGGCUCACCCGGGGCUCCUCUCCCAGCCGUCCUCCCCCGUUCUUUAGGGUGUUCAUGGUGCUUCUUAGAGUCCCAGUGAUCGUAAGACGUCGUCCCCCCGUUGCGCGAUGGUAGCUGCACACAGCCGCUGUACUGACCACAAGUGUCACGUUUGCCGUUCUAAUAAAGGACUUUUACCAGAGAA